AAACUUUAGCUCGGCUAAAAGGGUUAGAAGAUUGUGUGAAUGCAGCUAAUAGUAAAACGGUGAUCCGGAAGAUGGGCUGAGAGAAGGAAGGGAAAUGCAAUUGUGCCGCUUGCCAUUAAAAAAAAAAAAUGCAUCGAUGAAGCAUUUUAAAAAGGGGAAACCGGCCUUCCUCGCAAUGAACAGGCAGAAAAUCCAGUUAUUGUGCUAUCAAAGUCAGUAGCAGUGAGGACUUGGCAAGCCGUGCAAAGGGCAUAAUUUUCUGCUUAGCCAAGUAGGGAGUUUUAUGGAAGGGCCCGCAGGGCGGUAAGAUUGCCCAAGAGCGAAACGGCAACGAAGGCGGUGAUUUGGGAAGGCUGAGCAUCUAAUCUGGGGCAGGGCCCCGUUGUCAAAAGCAAUCCUGGAAAAAGUAAAAUUAAAAAGGAUGCUUCAGCUGGAAAUGAAGACGCCUGGUUAGCAUAUGGAAAGGAAGGAAGGAACUGCUCGCGGUCCUUGAGCAUAUUCAGGAAGGUAGCAGCGGAGAUGAGGACGUGGCUACGGAGUAGGUCCUAAGGUGGCCUCCAAGAAGGAAGUUCUGGAAGGCCCAGCAAAGCUAAGACCACCAGCUCCCAGGCAAGGAGGGGGACGUUCAGACGUGCUUCUGCGCAUGGGUUGCAAGAGGCGAGGAAGGCAUCCCAAAACAUAAAUGGAUCUUUCCAGCAGAUCUGGCAAGCUGUUUUGCAAAGCUUCGGGUGGCUUUAGCCAAAAAAAAAAAAAAAAGAGGGACUUCAAGGCAAACGGCUACGAAUAUGAUUUUUCCAGCGGCAUCUUAAACAGCCGUGAUGAUCCUAAGAGCGUUCUCUCUAGUUGGGGAAAGCGAAGGGAAGAAAGAAGCGAAGGAAAAAAUUUACUAAUCGGAGGAUUAACUAAGAUCGGGAGCCUGCAUUUCUCACAGCCAAUAUGAUGCGUUGGCUGAGCCUCCUUUCAUUCUCCGUCAUUUUCUGGCUGUUUUUUGGCCUGCCCUUGGUUCAAGUUCUGCCUGCCCUUUUCAUAUUCUAUUUGGGCUCCGGUGGAUGGAAGUUCUUCCGCAUUUUCGCCAAGACCAUCAAACGAGAUCUUAUGACCGCCCGAACUGUCCUGUCAACCCGCCUGAAGAUCUGGUGGUACGUGAAACGCCAGGCCACCAUCCCCAAGUUAUUCCAGCAGACGGUGCAGAGACACCCGGAGAAGGUGGCUCUCGUCUUCCAAAGCACAGGAGAAACGUGGACCUUUCGCCAGCUGGAUGACUACUCCAACCAGGUGGCUAACUUCUUCUACGAGCAGGGCUUCCGCUCAGGGGAUGCCGUCGCCCUCUUCAUGGAGUCCUGCAACCAGUAUGUCGGCCUCUGGCUCGGGCUGGCCAAGAUCGGGGUGGAGGUGGCUCUCCUCAACUCCAACGUGCGUCAGGAAUCCUUGGUCCACUGCGUCAGAAUCUCCCACGCCAAGGCAGUCAUCUUUGGAAGCGAGCUGGCGGAAGCCUUGAAGGAAGUCCAGCCCGCCCUGGAGAAGUCCAUCGGUCUCUUCUGCUCCGGGGAUCGGCAGGCCGCCAACUCCCUGCCUGGGGUGGUAGAUCUCGACUCUCAGGUUGAGAAAGCCCAGCGCCAGCCGCCCAAUCCACCGGACAAGGGAUUCCUAGAUAAACUCUUCUACAUUUACACUUCCGGAACAACCGGUUUGCCCAAAGCAGCCAUCAUCGUCCACAGCAGGUAUUUCCGGAUGGCGACCUUGGUUUAUGGCGGCUUUCACAUGACGCCUGACGAUGUGGUUUAUGACAGCCUCCCUCUCUACCAUGCGGCAGGGAAUAUUGUCGGGGUCGGGCAGUGUCUCCUGCAUGGAAUGACGGUGGUGAUCAGGAGGAAGUUUUCGGCCUCUCACUUUUGGGAUGAUUGUGUCAAGUACAACUGCACGGUUGUACAGUACAUCGGAGAGAUUUGCCGGUACUUGCUGAACCAGCCGUCGAAAGAGGUGGAGCGCCAGCACCGAGUUCGAAUGGCGCUGGGGAACGGCCUGCGGGCCUCCAUCUGGAAGGAGUUCAGCGAACGUUUCGGCAUCCCUCAGAUUGCCGAGUUUUACGGCUCCACCGAGUGCAAUUGCAGCGUCGGGAAUUUUGACAACAAGUUGGGGGCCUGUGGCUUCAACAGCCGAAUCUUUCCCCACGUUUAUCCCAUCAAGCUCGUCCGAGUCAACGAAGACACCAUGGAGCUCAUCCGGGGACCAGAUGGGCUUUGCAUGAGGUGUGAACCAGGGGAGCCGGGUCAGCUGGUGGGGCGCAUCGUCCAAAGCGACCCGCUGCAGCGUUUUGAUGGCUACCUCAACUGCGAGGCCAACAACAAGAAGAUCGCCCGAGACGUCUUCACCAAAGGCGACUCUGCUUACCUGUCAGGUGAUGUUCUGGUGAUGGACGAACUGGGCUAUCUCUAUUUCCGCGACCGCACCGGCGACACUUUCCGCUGGAAGGGCGAGAACGUCUCCACAACGGAGGUGGAGGGCACCCUCAGCCGCCUCCUCAGCAUGGCGGAUGUGGUGGUGUACGGCGUGGCGGUGCCAGGCACAGAAGGGAAAGCCGGCAUGGCUGCCGUCGUAGAUAAGGAACACUCCUGCGACUUGGAGAACUUUGCGGCAGAAAUGAAGAAAUCUUUGCCCGCCUACGCCCGGCCAGUGUUCCUGCGGUUGCUGAAGGAAGUGCACCAGACAAGCACCUUCAAGUUCCAGAAAGUUGAUCUGCGCAAAGAAGGCUAUGACCCCACAGUGGUAAAAGAUAAAUUAUUCUACUUGGACCCUCGGGAAUGCCGAUAUAAGCCACUGGACGAAGACACCUUCAGAAAGAUCCAAUCGGGACAGAUCAAACUGUAAAAAAAAAAGAAAAAAGACAGAAAAAAAAGUGGUGGGGGACACGACGGAAAUCAAAACGACGUUUUUCCCCCCCCCUUCCAAAACUCAUCACAUCCUUCAGCGGAAGGACCGGGAUUACGAUGAUGGGGUUGGAAAACUGGAAACGCCCAAGUCAGUUUCUGGAUUUUGAGUUCCCCACCCCCUUGUUGCCAAUCACCUCCCGACGUGAUGUCAGACUAGAAUGGGGUGGGGGUGGGAAUUGCGAUGAGCGUUUCCCGAAAAAAAGGUACCCCGCAAAAAUUAGGUUUGCUUUUUUUUUUUUUUUUUAAUUGUGUGAUUUCCAGCAGCAUGGAAGCGCCAGCUUUACCAAAGGACAGAGGAUCCUAUGGCUUUCAUUCUCCUUUUGGGAAAGGGUGAAUCUCCAGUGGAUCUAGCAAGGACUGUCUUUCUUUGUCCCUUAGCUGGGACUCCGAAGCUUAUCACCCACCCCUGAUUUAGAAGGAGGAUAGUGGGGGUGAUUUCUCCCCUCUCCUCUUACAACCAAGGCAUCUGAAAUCUCCCAAGAGCUGCUGUGCUGGGAAUUACCUCCAAGGGGCGCCCUUGCGCUGUCUUUCUCUGCUGAUCAGCCAUUCUUAUAUUUAUUUUAUAAGAGGGUGGGGUGGGGUUCCUCUCUAAUUUUCCUUUUCAUUAUUACGGGUUGCUAUUUGCAAAAGCACAAAAGAGCCAGCCUGGACGAGGAAGGUGCUUAUUCACCCCAACUCUGCUUUUAUUUCAGGAUUUUUUGGGGGGGGGUGCGUGUGCUUUGCUUUAUCCAUCUUUUA